AUGGAACAAGAAAUAUCUGACCUGAAGUUCAUAAACCAAGAGUUGGCAGAUUAUGUUGAAACACUUGAAAAGAGAGACUCAUUAAAUUGUCAGGGGAGAAAGAUACAUGAAGUCGGUACUAAGCAGAAGGGUAGGAGACUACGGGUUUUUAAAAAUAAAGCACAAUGUGCUUUAUGGUUCUGUAAGAGCUUUGGCCUUGAGAUAAGCCAAAUUAAACUAAAAGAUGAGGAGGGAUGUAAUUUCACCUUUGAUUACACUGCAGAUCAUGGUGAUUCCAAUAUGAGUGAAAAUGAAAGGAUUAAACAAAUUCUCUUUCUUUUAGACAAAUUUUGUGUUGGGGAUGCUUUUUAUCAUGAGGUUUCCAUUUUAUCGGAUGAUCUACCAAAAUCAUAUUUGGUGAAACAAUUGAGAGCGGAUAUGAACAAAACAUAUCACAUUGAAAGGACUCGAGGCUACCCUGGUGCAAGGCUUGAUUUUACCUCCACUCUGAGAGAACAUAUGAAAGAGCUACUGGCUCAGCAACCAGAUCUGAGUGACAAUGUUGUGCAAGUAAAGUUGAGUGGUGAUGGUGCUCGCAUGACCCGGUCGACCAACUUUAUGAUGUUUUCAUUUGCCCUCCUACAACAAGGUAAUGUUAUGUCCUCUAAGAGCAAUAGAACUGUUGCUAUUAUAAAUGGAAAGGAGGAUUAUCAAACUCUUAAAACUGCGCUUCCAGAUUUUUUUGAUGAAGUCAAUUCUCUGAUUGAGACAGGAAGCCUGCUUGUUGACGGUAACGAAGUAAAGUUGGAAUUUUUCUUGGGUGGGGACUACAAAUUCUUGCUAAUGAUCAUGGGAUUGAAUUCCGAAACUGCAGACUAUGCAUGUCUGUGGUGUGAAAUCCACAAGCAGUUCAGAUGGGAUACUAGCAAGGAUUUGCUUUUUUACAACACAGAACCCCUUAAAAGGAUCCUUGAAAAUAUAAAAAAACAAUGCCAAUGCAAGAGUUCCAACUAUAGAUGUAUUAACCCUCCCCUGAUCAACAUAGACUUGGAUCAUGUAUUGGCGGAUGAGUUGCACCUUCUACUCAGACUAACAGAUAGAAUGCUCCAAAAUGUUGUUGAUGAAAUUUUGGAAAAGGAUGCCAUCGAGGACUUUAAUAAACCAAAGGGACAGCCUAAAGGUGUUCUAUUAAAGAAAUUUGUGGAUGAUGUUAAUUAACUUGGUGUCACAUUUUCUGUAUGGUACAAGAAGAAUGCAGAUGGUUCUCGCAGCAAUGUUUUAGAGUAUACAAGCCUUGUUGGGGCACAAAAGAAACUGCUAUUGAUGAAACUACCUUCCAUGUUGGAAAACUACCUACAUUCUGAUACAGCUGUAACUGUAAUGCAAAUAUGGAACGACUUCAAGGAAUACUAUGACUUAAUAUCCGACAUAAAUUUGACAAGUGAUUUAUCCAAUAUUGCAUUUGAAAAAGCAAAACAGUGGCUUGAGUUAUUCUGCUCGAUAAGACAGUUUCGAACUGGGUAUACAAGAGCAAAGAUUACUCCAUACAUGCACAUCAUGUGUUACCAUGUUCCAUUUUUUAUUCAGAAGUAUGGUUGCUUCAAAAGGUUCACUGGGCAAGGUGUGGAAAAAACAAUGAUGAUGCUAAGAAAAUAUUAUUUCAAAAAUCAAACAAGUGGGACGCUGCGAAAGAUAUACUUUUUAUGGAGAAUAGACAGUGGGACCUUAAGAAGCAUGAAAGGAAUAAAGGCAACUAUACAAAAAGAAACAGGCAGUACUGGGAUGUAGAAAUCAGCCAAAAUAGGAAGAAGAGUAGACAAAUUACAGAAGCUCCCAUCCUUCAGGAAGAAAAUGAAGCAGCUGAUGUGGCAACUGGUUCACUAGAUUAUAAUAGCUUCACUGUUGCACAGUUGAGAGAAGAGAUCAAGACCAAGGGGCUUAAUCAGAGAGGGCUCUCAAAGUUAAAGAAAAUUGAACUGAUAUCUCUACUUAAGACUUCUUGA